GUUUUCGUUUGUGAUCAAAUCGAGUGAUUUUUAGUUUGGAUUCAAAUUUACAAAAGCUUUUCACUAGAAAAGUAAGUGAAAACCUUUGAUUUAGCCAACCCAAUUAACCAUGUCGGCUUCGUCAGCACCGGUGAAUGCGGUGGACCUGCUCCAGCAGGCGCUCCAAUCCAACAUCAUUCCCAAUCAGGAGUUCUUGUUGCAGGGUUCGAUUCUUGAUUCCGCUGCCGAGCAUUUGUUGCACCGGUUACGAGGUCUAUGCGAUAACGUUGAUACGGGACCGGAAACGUUCUCCGAUUAUGAGAUGUGUCUGAGCUUGAAAAUGCCCAAUGAAAAGACCCCAGUGAUAACUUUGCGAGUGCGCAAAGCCCAGGAUGUCGAUGCCCCAUUUCAGCUGCGCUACAUCGGCCAACCGGAGCUGGGAGACCGAACACGACCCACUCUGGUCCGGAGCAGCCUCGAUAUCGCCUGCACUCCCCACGUGGUUGAAUUCCUCACGGAGAUGGGCUUCCGAGUGGAUUUUGAAUAUGUCACAAAAGGAUACAUGUUCCGCAAGGGUCGCAUGAAAGUGACGGUGUCGAAAAUCUUCAAAGUCAACAGCUCGGAACCGAUCUCGCAGAGCUACCUGGUCGAGCUAUCGGUGCUAGCUCCCACUGGCCAGGACGCCAUCGCCGAAGACAUGAGGAUCUUUGCCGAGCAGCUCAAGCCGCUGGUUCAGCUAGACAAGAUCGACUAUAAACGGUUCGCACAGAUGCCCUAGUUAGUGAGUUGUUUUUUUCCUUUCUUUCUUUUCUCGUUUCGGUGGUUAUUUUUGCUCGCCGUUUUUUUUAUUAACCACCUCACUCGAGCUAAAUGAUGAUAACCGACUUAAAAUAAGCUCAGUUAGAUAAUAAAAAAAAAUACAUCUCUCGAUUCUAAGAACGCAAACAAAAUAUAAUUGUACACUAAUCGGAA